AUGACCAGCCCCAACAACUUCUACGAAGACGCGCACGUUCUCCUGGCGACUGUACCAAAGGCGAACAAGCUGGUUGUCCUUGGUGAGUUUAACGUCUGCUUCAGGACAGAAUGCGCUGCCUGAAGAGGAGUGUUGAGUGCCCACGGCAUCGGUGACUGCAACCAAAAUGGCCUUCUUAUUCUCUGGACCAGCGCAGAUCACCGUUCUCUCUUCACCAACACAUUCUCCCGCUUGCAGACGCGGAAGAAGGCGACCUGUGUGCACCCCUGAUCGAGGCGCUGGCAGUUGUUGGACUAUGUUCUCGUUCGGAGUCAAGAUCGCUUAGACGUGCUGGCGAUCAAGACGAUCUGCGAGACCGACGUCUAGACGGACCAUCGUUUCGUCAUCUCCAAGAUGAGGCGCCAACUGCCAUCCCGCAGGAGAUCGUAAGGUAAACGAUCACUGGACAAGUUAAGCACUGUUUUGUUGAAUUUCUCUGCCCACCGCAAGCACUUCAGCAAUAAAUUAACCCGGCACAUGGAAGAACUAUCAUCCCCCGACGACAACUGCACCUUAGAGAUGGCGGUAUCAACUGUUUUUGACGUCCUCAAAGGCGCGCGUCGCAAACAUCAGAACUGGUUCGAAGACAACCAUGCACAUAUCAGCAAACUGCUCGCCAGAAAGCUCGGACUGCACAAAGCCCACAUUGGCCACUAUACCGACGCAAACAAGGCGGCCUUCUUCCGAUGUCGCCGCCUCAUGCAACAAUUACUGCGGGAGGUGAAGGUCGCCUGGUUGGCUCGCAAUGCCGAGGAAAUGCAGGAGCAUCCUCAUGAUUACAAGGACGUGAAAAUCGUUCACCUCCAUAAGUGGAGAGAGAAAUGGCAACCCUGUGGUAGCCACAGAGCAGCCUCACUGCUCGACAUCGUCAGUACGGUCUUCAUUCGGAUCCUCCUCAACUGUGUUAACGGCCGUCUCUAA